AUGGCGUUUACUGAUUGCUUUAGUUUGAACAACCCUGGCAACCCCCAACCAGGGGACUUGAUUGAAGUAUUUCGUCCUGGCUACCAGCACUGGGCUCUGUACUUGGGUGAUGGUUAUGUUAUCAACAUGGCACCUCUAGAGGAUGGCGUUCCUGCAACCUUUACAAGUGCCAAGUCUGUGUUCAGCAGAAAGGCCCUGGUGAAGAUGCAGCUCUUAACGGACGUUGUAGGAAAGGACACAUACAGAAUAAACAAUAAAUAUGAUGAAACAUACCCCCCUCUCCCUGUGGAAGAAGUCAUGCAACGAUCAGAGUUUAUUAUAGGGCAGGAGGUAGCGUAUGACCUGCUUGUUAACAACUGUGAGCACUUCGUGACUUUGCUUCGCUAUGGAGAAGGCAUCUCAGAGCAGGCCAACCGAGCAAUAAGUACCUUUGGGUUUGUGACAGCAGCUGCGGGCGCUCUCUCAUUCCUGGGUUUGUUUUCAAAAGCGCAGAGAACAAAAUACUGUUAACAGUUUACUGAAGAGAUAUUGGAAAUGAAGGAAUGUGUAAGGUGGGGGAAAGCCUGGAUGAAUACUUUCUCAAUGGAUCAUUAUUGUUUCAAAUUCCAGAGAUAGAUGGC